CACAACACAACAACCAAGAGCCUGGAAACGCACCUCUGAGCGCGUGGAUGUAGAUUUCCAGAGAAAUCAAAGCGAGGUGUCGCUCUCACCUGCACGCGCAGCGCAGGCGACUCAACACACACACACACACACACACACACACACACACACACACACACACACACACACACACACACACACACCCACACCCACACACCAGAAGGAGCGCGCGCCGCUGUGCCAUCACACAGCGGAGCCGCAAUUGGACAGGAAACAUCCGCACCGCCUGGUUUUCCUGCCCUCACCGGGCGCAGUCGUCCUGCGCCCCCAGUGCUCCUUCUGACCGCCGGAGAGUUUUGACCUGAGCCGCAACACAGCGCAGAAGUCCAGUGAUCGGACCUGGAGUGCAUUGAGUGAAGAUGAUUCCUGUGCUGAUCUGUGCUUUGGUCUCCCUGAGUGUUGCGGAAACCAAUUUAGACAUUCUGUACCCUGAGCUGGAGCACUCCAGAACCAUCUAUGUUACAGAAAAUGGGCCCAAAUUCAAUGUGAUGGCUGAACAAGCCAAGGUCGUAACGAGGCGAGGGGGAAAUGUAACGUUACCAUGCCUGAUCCAGAGAGAGCAGCAACUGCCAGCCAGCCGCAAGAUGAGGAUCAAGUGGACCAAACUGACUUCAGACUAUCUGAAAGAGGUGGACGUGUUUGUCGCCAUGGGUUACCACAAAAGGAGUUACGGGACUUUCCAAGGACGUGUCCAAUUGCAAGGCACCUCCCCGAUGGAUGCCUCCCUGGUGAUGACAGAUGUCACUUUGGACGAUUAUGGGAGAUACAAAUGUGAAGUGAUUGAUGGUCUGGAGGAUGACACAGUGGUGGUGUCCCUCGAACUUGAAGGUGUUGUCUUCCCCUACUUCCCCCGCCUGGGCCGCUACAACCUGAAUUUUUAUGAUGCCGAGCGGGCAUGUCAAGACCAGGAUGCCGUGGUGGCAUCCUUCGACCAGCUGUAUGAGGCGUGGCGCGGCGGGAUGGACUGGUGCAACGCCGGCUGGCUGAGCGACGGCUCUGUGCAGUACCCCAUCACCACCCCCAGAGAACCCUGCGGAGGGAGGAACACGGUGCCGGGCAUUCGCAACUAUGGCCUGAGAGACAAAGACAAGAGUCACUACGAUGUCUUCUGCUUCACUUCCUUCCACAAAGGUAAAUUCUACUACCUGAUCCAGUCGUCUAAGCUCACCUACGACGAGGCUGUGAGGGCUUGUCAGAAAGAUGGUGCUCAGAUCGCCAAGGUUGGCCAAAUGUUCGCUGCCUGGAAGCUGAACAAGUACGACCGCUGUGACGCCGGCUGGUUGGCGGACGCCAGCGUCCGUUACCCCAUCUACCAUCCAAGGCGCCGCUGCAGUCCCACAGAAGCUGCUGUGAGGUUCAAUGGCUUCCCCGACAAGAAGCACAAGCUGUACGGAGUGUACUGCUACAAGGAAAACAACUAAUCCUGCAAAGGCCAUCCUGCAAACACCUACACACAGUUCACAAGCAUGCACAAACAUAAACAUCAAAGAACACUCUCAACAGGUUACAAUGCAUAGAAAAGAGAAUUGUAAUAACGAGUGAUUCUUUCACUUAUGGGAGAUUUAAGAUGUUGCAUCAUCAUUCAGGACCUUAAAAUGUAUUUUACACAUAUAUUCUAUAAUAUUUAAUCAAUGCCAAUAGUGGGCUGACGUGUGUGGGUGAGAUUUGGAAAUAUAGAAGCUAAUGCAAAAAUGUCAUACAAGAAAAAAACAUGCCAACAAAACUAACAGCUAAGUGUGUCACGGUUGGACCAAAACGUUGGGCACUUAUCCUGUUUUCGGUCCCAACAUGGAGAGCAGAUGAAAGCUCAGCCUCUGUGAAGCCAUUAGGCAGGACUCGUUAGCUAAACCCUCCCCUACUGCCCCUCCCCUCUCAACAAGGUGCUAUAGCUGCAUCCUACCGUCCGCUUUUUUUUUCAUGUUUUUUAUACAAAUGCAUUGGACCAAACUUGGACCAACAGCAAAGACAAAAACAAAUAGAAACAUCUAGCUGUUAGCUAUGUGUUUUCUAAGUAUGUAGAAUGUGAUAAUAUUAGAAAUGUAUUUGUGUUGAUAUUUUUUAUACACUGUAGAAAUGUUUGUUGUUGUUUCUCUGGCCAAUGUCUUCUUGGUUUACAUAAAACAUACUACAGUAUUAGCAGGGGGG